AUGGCUAGUCAGAGUUCUCAGGAGGCAUGGGCAGCCCUGCUGGCCCCAUCAACUGAUAGGGAGCCCACAGCAGGGGACCCCCAUGAUUACUCCCUGGUUCCAAACGUGGAUUCAAGGGAGGCUUUGGAGAAGCAGGGUGACCAACCCAAGAGCCCAGAUCCGGGCUCCCAAGUAUACCUGACCCCACAGGGCCCCAACCCAGAAAUGGUCAACAAGGAAGAUAACAACACCAUCCUUGGGCUGUCCUUCCCCAGGAAGCUCUGGAUGAUCAUGGAGGAUGCGGCCUUCACCUCUGUGCACUGCAGCGACAAGGGAGACACUGUGGUCAUUGAGGCAAAUCUCUUCCAGACGGCGGUCCUCCAGCUCAGGGGCGCAGACCAGAUCUUCAAGACAGACAGCAUCAAGAGCUUCAUUCGUGAAAUGAACCUGUAUGGGUUCAGUAAAAUCUGCCCUUCGAGGUGCUCUGCAGGGAAGAAGAAGCUGAUGAUCUAUCGCAACUUCAACUUUCAGAGAGACAAGCUUCUCCUCCUGCAGAACAUCCGGAGGAAAGCCAGGUGGGGCAGGGGAAACCAUCUCCCCAGUGAGCAGGGUGGCCCCAGUGACGAGGGCAUGUCCAGCAAUGCCACGUCUGUACCCCUGGCUACUGCUGGAAGGGAGGGAGCAGGGGAACUGACCAACAGCCCCCCAGAGUACCCAAGUUACAAUUUGGUGAUGGCUGUGUACAAGACCUUUUACUCCACCAUGAUGGCAGCCCUUUCAGUCAUGGCCCCAGAUGAGGCCUCUGAGGCGGAGGAGUAG